CCACUAGUGUGUAGUGUUGAUGUGACGCAAGAGCUAUCAGCUGGUUUUGUUUUGCUUCAUUUCUCUAUGCUCCGCUUGAAUUCAGAAACGUACAAAAACCUUGCGUUUUAAUUCAUUAAUGCGAGACAAAAGGAUAACUAAAGUGCCGGAGUAUAUUUGUCCUCCACGAUACAAAUUUUCUCCAGUAGGUAUUCGGUUUGCCACCAUCUUUCCGAGAGGUCCAACCGAUCCCAGGCCUCCGAUCCAGGGCGGAGGGAGGGAAGGAGGUCGUUGGGAAUCGGGAUGGAGACCGGAGAGGGAGCCGACGGUCCUGGCGGCCCGGGGCUGUGCUGCGCCUCCUUCAACCAGGACUCCACGUCAUUGGCUGUGGGCACCAAAACUGGAUACAGACUCUUCUCCGUGACCUUGGUGGAUAAACUGGACUGCAUUCAUGAAAGCACAGAAACUCCUGACGUGUAUAUCGUGGAAAGGCUUUUCUCCAGCAGCCUGGUGGUGGUGGUGAGUCAGUCAAUGCCACGUCGCAUGAAUGUCUACCACUUCAAAAAGGGCACAGAGAUUUGCAACUACAGCUAUUCGAACAACAUCCUUGCAGUGCGCUUGAACAGACAGAGACUGGUUGUUUGUCUGGAGGAAUCCAUCUAUAUCCACAACAUAAAGGACAUGAAACUUCUUAAGACCCUUCUCAACACACCAUCCAACCCAUCAGGUCUGUGUGCUCUCUCCAUCAACCAUUCCAACUCUUUCCUGGCAUACCCAGGCAGUGACACCAUCGGCGAAAUUAUUGUCUACGACGCCAACAAUCUGAGCACUGUGACGAUGAUCCCAGCCCAUGAUAGUCCCCUGGCUGCCAUUACCUUUAACGCCUCCGGCACUAAACUGGCCAGUGCCUCUGAAAGGGGCACUGUGAUUCGAGUGUUCUCUAUACCAGAGGGUCAGCGUUUGUUUGAGUUUCGCCGGGGAAUGAAAAGGUAUGUCAACAUCAGCUCCCUUUCCUUCAGCCCGGAUGCUCAGUUUCUCUGUGCCUCAAGCAAUACAGAGACGGUGCACAUUUUCAAGCUCGAACAGCACAGCCCAAGUGGGGAGGAAGACAAUCCCUCUUGGUCAACAUAUGUAGGUAAGAUGUUCACAGCAGCCAGUAGCUACCUCCCUGCACAGGUGUCAGGCAUGAUGAGUCAAGACCGAGCCUUUGCUACCGUCCGUUUUCAAAUGGCCGGUCAGAAGAAUGUCUGUGCCCUGGCAACAAUCCAGAAGCUUCCACGAUUGCUUGUGUCCUCUUCUGAUGGGCAGCUAUUCAUCUAUAACAUUGAUCCUCAAGAUGGUGGCGAGUGCACUUUGGUGCAGAAGCACAGGUUGUUCGGAUCAGAUAAUGAGCAGGACGAGACAGAAAAAUCGGAACUUUCAGAACCACCACAAGCAGGCCAGUCUUAUGCCGCCACUGUGGCCAUUCCCACCUCUGGACCCGUCACGGCCACUCUCACAGGGUACUCAGAGGACGGGGGAGCUAAAAAGGGUGAAGUGAUUCCUGAACACGAGUUUGCUGCCGGGCCCGUGUGCCUGGAUGACGAAAAUGAAUUUCCUCCCGUGAGCAUUCGCUAACCUCCCCACGUCAGACUACACAGUGUUACAUUCCAGUAUAAAUUGGUGCCGUGACGGAUCUGGGAGAGGCAAAAGGAGACGACCGUGAGAGGGUAGAGAUCAGGUGGAGGCCGUCGCUGUCACAGGAGGAUCCUCAGUGCAUGAUCAAGGACAAAAAAAAAGUUUAACUUCAGGGUGCUAAUUUAUUAACGGAACGUUGAAAUGCUAAUAUCUUAAUUUCAUUUGGUCAGGGAUUUGGGUCAUUGUCACUCAGACCCCUGAAGGGUGUGUUAUAAAUAAGGUGCAUGACUGAAAUAUAACCAUAUAUUGUUAUAGUUGCGUAAGACAUAUUAAUUAAGUCGUAAUACUGUAGCAUUUUAUUACUUUAAUUUUUAACACCCAUCAUAUUAAAUCUUAAGAAAAGAAUUUCUUUUUUAUAUAUUGUUUUGUUGUAUUGACACUUAAUAUGUUUACAUGUCGCCAUCCUGAAUACUAAUACACCGGGAUGUUUUGUAUGUAUGUGCCUAUGAUAUUGUAAGAGUGCAAAGUUUUUUGCUGGAUUGCUCAAGACCAAAAGAUUAAAAAAGAGAGAUGAAUAUGUAGGAAAUAUAUUAGGAAUGAAAAUAUGCAAAGCAUCUCCUGUCUC